AUGUUUGUUCCUGCCAAAAAGUUCAAUUUCAGCACAAAAAGAAUCAACAAAUUGAAACUCAAGGCUGCAGAAUUUUUGACGAAGAAGUUUGAAGUACUUCACAAUCAUCCUGGAAUGGCUGUGUUGCUUCCAAGAACCAAGGGACAGAGCAAGUCUGUAACAAAGUGGCAAUUACCAAACAUGUUUGGGAACAAAACUGUCACAAAUCGAGUCCUGCCACUUGGAUUUACCUCAGUUGAAAGACCUCCCAACCCAGAAAUGUAAGUGUGUAAUUUAAUACAUGUACAGAUUAUGCAGCUGUUUUAGUUAUCUAGCAAAUGUUUCUGACAGUCUGACUACAUGACAGUCAAAUAUUUACAGUAAAGAGGUAUGAUCAUACACCACCAGUUUCGUUUUAUCAACUAAAACAGCUGAAUACCUUCACCUUGUACUCGCACUAAAUUUGAUAGACUAUCGUACAUGUAAUGGAGAAAUGUCCUACCUUCCAUUCUCAUGAAACAGGAAAUGUGACAAGCUCAUCUGCAAUGCUCAUCAUGCAUCUGCAAAGCUCAUCAUGCAUCCAAUGUGGCGCAUUUUUCAAGGCUGUGGACACUCAUUUCAUAUUGAGUGCAAUUUGCCAGACAUCAGUGUUUGUUCUAUUUGCAACUCCCUAGUUCAGUCUAAAGUGGUCACCCUUGGCAAUACAGCGAAUAACGCCGUAGUAAACUUUGACAACGAAUACGAUGGGAAUGAUAACAAGGCGAACGAUGAUGACAGCGAGACAAGUGAUGACGAUGACGAGACGGGCAAAGAAGAAGACGAUUUUACUGAGCCACAAUCAGCAUUUGGCAAUUUAAUUUCACCGAUUGGCACUUGGAAUCAUGCUAAAGUUCCCAGGAAUUAA